CUGAUCCUUGAACAUUGAACUAACUAGCAUAAUUAUAUUGCACUGUACAUUAAACUAACCUGCCCUAUACUGAGUGUGUGUAGUCUAUAUGCAAUAAAUAAAAAAUAAAAAAUAAAAAAAACACAGCAUUAGGCACUUCCGCUCCGAAGCCCCGGCCAGUAAUAGCACACGUGAAUGUGGCCGACUGCAAUGGAUAUCUGAUCUAAACAGGGGCCCUUCAUCUUAAAAAUUGUUUGUGGAAAUAGAGAAGCUUUGUUUACUGAGAAAUGGCUACUGAACAAGACGACUCAGAUGCUCAAAAGAAGCUAGCUGAGGACUUGUGGAAGGCUGUACACAAUGAUGAUGUCAUCAAAGUGAGGUCCCUAUUGGGACAGGGGGCAGACCCCAACCACCAACUCUACUGGAGUGACGAGUGGGCAGAUAAGAGGCCUUCAUUACACCAUGCCUGCAGGUGGGGCUACCUUGAGAUUGUGAAGACACUUGUUACUCAUGGAGCUCGCACUGAUAAAGGUGGUGGGAGGGCCAACAAGACUCCACUUCACUAUGCAUGCCGGGGAGGUCAUAAAGAGAUGGUCGAGUACUUGAUCCAGGAGGUUGGAUGUAGCACUGAUGUUAGGGAUAAGAAUAACUGGACUCCACUUCACUAUGCAUGCCAGAGAGGUCAUAAAGAGAUGGUCAAGUACUUGAUCCUGGAGGUCGGAUGUAGCACUGAUGUGAGGGAUAAGAAUAACAAAACUCCUCUUCACUAUGCUUAUGUGGGAGGAAGUAAAGAUGUGGUACAGUAUCUGGUGGAGGAACUGAAGAUAGAUGUUGAUGUGAGGGAUGAUGAGGGACAGUCACCACUGGACAGAGCUCUGGAGAAUGGUUGUGUGGAUGUUGCCCUCUACCUGAUGAGCUGUGGCUGUGGUGGUGAUAAGGACAAAGCCAAGUUACUGUGUGGAGCAUGUUACCAGGGCAGGCUGGGUCUGGUGAAGGAACUGGUUGAGCAAGACAAAGUUGAUCCCAACAAUGUGAGGAAUGAUGCGGGACGGUCACCAUUGGACAAAGCUCUGGAUCCUGAGUGUCUGUACGAUAAUGAAGGUUGUGUAGAUGUUGCCCUCUACCUGAUGAGCCGUGGUUGUGGUGGUGAUGAGGACAAAGCCAAGUUACUACGAAGAGCAUGUCUCUAUGGCAACCUGGAUCUUGUGAAGGAACUGGUUGAGCAACACAAAGUUGACCCCAAUAAUGUGAGGGAUAAUGGCAACUGGACCCCUCUCCACAAUGCAUGCAUCAGUGGAUACAUGUACAAAGAUGUGGUGCAGUACUUGGUGGAGAAGGCCAACUGUGAUAUCAGUGUAACUAACGAUGCUGGCAGGACUCCUCUUGACUAUGCUACACAGCAUGGCUACACUGAAAUUGUUGAUUACCUAAAGUCUCUACCACAACUAUCUGCUGUGACUGGAGACAGUGACUCCUGGAGUGAGGAGAACGGACCACCACCAACAAAGAAACAAAAAGUGACCUCUGACCCUCUCUCCGGUCAACAGACACCCAGUGCUGGCAAUAAACAACCAGAAAUAACUGAUACUCCAAACGGUCCCAAACAACUUCCUUCCACUGACAAAACCUCAUCAAAAUCAAAGGCAGUCAAGAAGUCUGAGCAAGCUCUUAACGAAGCCAUGAAGGCUGGAUUUGUCCGUGUGAACAUUACUAAUCUACUGUUUUUCGGAAUGGCGGGCACUGGUAAAACCUCCACUAAGCAUCUCCUUCUGGGACUGCCUCCUCCUGUAGAUCGAAAUAGCACUCCAUUAGCUAGCACAGCAGAGAGGAUAUGUAUUCGACAAAUUCGUGACACUACAAAGAUACAAAUGGAAGCUCAAGAAGAUCCCUCCAGAACAUGGAAACCAGUAACUAGUGAUGACCUACAACGCAUUGUUGCUGAUGCUAUUAAAUCUCAUGUAACCAGCUCAGAUUCUGCUAUCCCACAAGAACUCAGCAUUGCUCUGAAGCAACUUGAACCUAUCAAUGAAUCAACUACGCCAGUUGAUGCAACUCCUUCAACUUCAAGAGCAACUAAACCAUCAGUAGCUGGAGCAAAAUUAACGCAAGAAGGAAAAAAGACUAAAUUCCUUAGCACUGUUUCGAAUGUAAUGGCGAAUAUUCAGCGAUUUUCUGAUGCUGAUCGUACUGCUGUUCAAGAAAAGUUUGGAUCUCAUUGGAUCUAUAUAAUCGAUAGCGGUGGGCAACCACACUUUCAUAAUCUACUGCCCCUCUUCAUGCCCAAGAUUUCUGUAGCUUUGUACAUUCUUCGUCUCUCUGACUGCCUAGACGAUCAUCCACUGGUUGAAUACUACAAGAACAACAAGCCAGUUGGUGAAGCUUUCAAGUCACAUCUCUCAGUUUUGGAUAAUUUCAAGUAUCUCGUGCAGUCCAUUCAAUCUCACAGUGAAAACUGCAAGCUGGUAUGCAUUGGUACUCACAAAGACCAUCAAUCUGAAUGCAAGGAAACAUUAUCCGACAAGAAUAAAACUUUGUUGAAUUUUGUGGAGGAUGAUUGUCUUAAGAAGUUGACUAUGUUUUUCAAUUUGGGGAAAAAAGAUGUCGUAUUUCCGGUGGAUUGCAAGCACUGCGAUUCUGACAGUACGAAAGUGGCAAAGACAAUUCGUGGAUGUAUUCACAAAGCAUCUCAAGAGCUGAAUAAGAAUGAAAUCCUGGUCCCUUUUUGGUGGUUUGUUUUGGAAAUUAUUAUCGAGAAGGUUUCAAACGAUGAAAACAGAAAAGUCUUAAGCAAGACCGAAUGUGUAGAAAUUGCAAAAACACUACAUAAUUUUCACGAAGUUGCACUUUGUGAAGCUUUAAAAUUCUUCCAUGAUCAUCACAUAUUUCACUAUUAUCUUGCUAUUCUACCAAAUGUGGUAUUCUGUGAUACUCAAGUACUUCUUGAUAAAGUAACAGAGCUUGUCGAGUAUGCUGCAUAUGUGCGAAAAAGUGAUGAUCCAGCAUCUGGGUUUGGAACCUGGUUAGAUUUUACCGAUAAAGGAAUUAUUACGAUUGAACUUUUAUCUGAGAAUAAUUUUGAAAAGCACUACGUCGAUGGACUCUUUGCACCCACUCAUCUCAUUGAAAUAUUCAAGCACUUGCUGAUAGCCACACCAUUUCGUUUAUUCUCACAACACGUCACUCAAGAUAAGCGGUUCUAUAUGCCAUCACUUCUAUCCUUGCUCCCACCAACUCAAGUCAAUGCCAAACGGGUUGAUUUGCUUAAAACCGGUUUAAUCUCACUGGUUUUACACUUCAAAAGCAACUGGCAGUGCUGUGGAGUGUUUUGCUGUCUCCAAGUGUAUUUGAUCAAAGAAUGUGAAUGGGAAAUUGAAAUGGAAGAUCAUCAGCCGAGUAGAAACUUUGUACAAUUUGUUCAUCAAAACCGAAACUGUACUAUCACGCUAAUUGACGGGUUUUCAUUUCUCGAAAUUCAUUCCAGUAGUGAUCGAAAAGACAUGUUGUCGUUGAUAUAUGCUAAUAUUCACUCUGGUCUUCGAUCUGCUUACAAAGCCCUGAAAUACACGUAUGAGGAUCCUGAAUUUGCAUUUUUGUGUCCCCAUGAAUUUCCCAAAUCUCCAACUGAAACAAAUCCCCAAGUGCCCCACCACCCAGCUCGUGUGCUCGCUGAGGAUGAUGUUAUGAGGUGUACUCUAUGCAAGAAGAUGACGUAUAAGUUAGGAAAAUGUCAUAAAAAUUGGCUCUCUGUGUGUUGUCCAUCUAUGAGUGUAGCCAGUGAGGUAUCAUCACAACCAUCAGUUCUGAACAAUGAAACUUCUGUGGAACUUCAACCACAUGAGACGAUAGUGAUAGCAACUGCAGCUCAGUUGAGUAGUGAGUGCUCGGAUGAAGCUCUUCUCCAGUUGUCUACUGAGAUUGCUGGCUAUGACAGAUACAAGCACAGGCUGGGCCUCAGUGAUGCUGAGAUAGACGCUAUCGAUCAGAGUCCUUCCAUGGUUGAUAAUAUCCCUCACGCUGCUCUAAAGAAGUGGAAGAGUAAAAGCAUCAUUUUUGACAAUCCAUCGAAUUCAACAGCUACUUACGGUCAAUUAGUGGAAAUUGCUGCAAAGAUUGAGGACAAAGAGGCAAUUCGCAGUAUUCACAAGGCCUGUGUGGAGCAUACAACUCAACCACAUGCGACGAGUAUAGCGACCGCAGCUCAAUUGAGUCAAGAGUGCUCAGAUGAAGCUCUUCUCCAGUUGUCUACCAAGAUUGCUGGAUACCAUAGAUACAAGCACAGGCUGGGCCUCAGUGAUGCUGAGAUAGACGAAAUCGAUAAUGAUCCGAGAGACUUCUACAGUACCCAGGGAAAAUUUUACACUGCUCUACUGAAGUGGAAGAGUAAAAGUAUCGAUUAUAACAAUCUAUCGAAAUCGUCAGCUACUUACAGUCGAUUAGUGGAGAUUGCUGCAAAGAUUGAGGACGGAGAGGCAGUUCGCAGCAUUCACAAGGCCUGUGUGGAGCAUACCAGACUGGAGGUCAUGGAUCAGUCAACACCAUCCGCAUACACUACCAACACUUAGACACUUAGGACAAUGGCCUGGAGUUAUCUAUUUCUAAGUUUACUUGUUCUUGUUAUUUAUUUUGUGUGUGCAAUUUUGAAUGUGAAUUAUUUUAUUCAGGCUUUCUUCUAGA